GCCGCUGCCCUGCAGCCCGAAGAUAUGCAACAGGCCUUCCAGCUGCAAUUGCAAAGCUAUAUGGAAAUGAUGCGUCAAAUGGCUCCCGAAACCAUACAAAAUCCAGCUGCUGCCCAAUUUUUGUUGCAGAACUCCUUGCAGGCCAUGAUCCAGUUACAGGCCUUGCAACAAUUGAAACAACAACAACAGCAGCAACCAAUGAAGAAAUAUUCUACCCCACAAAAUAAAUCCCCCUUGAGAAGUCCCUCUCUCAGCCCUGUUUCCAGGCAUAGCUCUUCGCAGCAGACCACACCACCAAAUUCCGCUCAUUUACCCAUGACCCUGAGCAGUGCUGCCAUGACCCCUAACACACCCGGUAUGACACCAGCUUUUCCCACAGCCUCACUGAGUCAAGCCUCAGCUUUGAGCUACUCGAGUACCCCACAAAAUUCGAAGAGUUCCAGUGCCAAUACCCUCUCCCAAGCUGCACGCACCUUGGAUCAAUCGCCUGAAGAAACCACCGAUUUGGAGGAAUUGGAACAAUUUGCAAAGACCUUCAAGCAGAGACGUAUCAAAUUGGGUUUCACCCAAGGUGAUGUGGGUUUGGCCAUGGGUAAACUCUAUGGCAAUGAUUUCUCCCAAACCACAAUCUCCCGAUUUGAGGCCCUCAAUUUGAGUUUUAAAAAUAUGUGCAAAUUGAAGCCUUUGCUACAAAAAUGGUUGGAAGAUGCCGACAACACAGUGUCCAAACCAGGUGGCAUUUUCAAUCUCUCCGCCAUGACCUCAGCCCCCUUGGCCACCCCUGAAAACAACAUCAUGGGUAGACGCCGCAAGAAGCGUACCUCCAUUGAAAGCAAUGUUCGCUCCACCCUCGAACGGGCCUUUGCCAUUAACUGCAAACCCACCUCAGAGGAAAUCAAUCAAUUGGCCGAUCAAAUGAACAUGGAAAAAGAAGUGGUACGUGUAUGGUUCUGCAAUCGCCGGCAAAAGGAGAAACGUUCCAAUCCCUCUCUCGAUUUGGAUAGCCCCACUGGUACACCACUCAGCAGUCAUGCCUUUGGUUAUCCUCCCCAGUCGCUUAACCUCACCAAUGGUUUGGAAGCCUCCUCGCUAUGUGGCAGCUCCAUCAGUUCAUUAUCGCCCACCCACUACAAUGUCAAACAUGAAUGA